GGACAGGGAACACGUACACUUGGUGUUGCGCUCGAACUGUAAAGGCGCACAGUGCGCGCUCGCUCUCCAUCGCACGAUUCAUCCUAUUACGUCUCAUCAAGGCUAAACGAACCGAGAAAAAACAGGGUAAAAUAAUGUACUGCAGAAAAGAGAAAAUGAUGAGGACUUGCGAUACAUCUUUGAAAAUGAAUGCAUGCACUUAAAUGAUGGGACUCGAGUCCUUUUUUAUUUGGCUGCUGUUUACUUUCCACCGCAAUUCAGAGAAAACAGUUGCAACUACAUUAGCAGUGAUUCGUAUGAGUCAGUAGAUAGCAGGUUGCGGAAUGUGUUUUAAUUAAUGAAGAUGGGGAUUUCUUCGCCAGCAGAGGACAAGGACCUCGGCAUCCAAAAUCAAGUCGAUUUCCCAGCUGUCCAAGGCGACUCCCGUUCAACCCCUGGGUGCGCUCAACAGCAACAACAGUAUUCCCAGCGACCGGGUCGGGUCAAGACCCCGCUUUAGCCCGACCACCCUCUUCUGUAAGCUCUAUGCUGUCUCCCCUGUGCGCAGAUGGCUCUGUGAUUGUAGAGAGAGCGCCGCCCCAGUGGCCCAGCCGCAAAGCGCAAUCCCAGAGCCGGCGGCCGCAGUGCCACCCCACGGCCAGCGGGAGCGCCGUCCGCCCGACGCCCACCUACUACCAUGCGGUGUACGACGUGCGGGUGGAGAAGUGCCGGGACGAGCCCUUCUGCUUCGGCGGGGGCGGCAGGAGCCCGGUGGAGACGGGGGUCAUGGGAAGCCCGCUCUACUCCCCGGUGGCCGACGACUCCCUGGCGCCCCCUGCCAGGCGACGCGGGGGCCUGGUGGAUCACAGAGAUGUGAUCAAAGCACACCAGUCACACAAGCUUCAGAGCACGCCCCAGGCUCGACGCAAAGAAUGGGAAAUGGCGCGGUUUGGAGACGAAGUACCGUCCAGGUAUGGCGGGGGACCGGGCCAGGGGGGCCCCGGCCGUGGCGGGAGCAGGCAGGGCGGCCCGCCGGGAGCCCAAAGGAUGUACAAGCAAUCUAUGGCCCAGCGAGCAAGGACCAUGGCCCUGUACAACCCGAUACCUGUCCGACAGAACUGCUUGACGGUCAACCGCUCCCUGUUUCUCUUCAGCGAAGACAACGUGGUGCGAAAAUACGCCAAAAAGAUCACCGAAUGGCCUCCAUUUGAGUACAUGAUCCUGACCACCAUCAUCGCUAACUGCAUCGUCCUGGCUCUGGAGCAACACCUGCCCGACAUGGACAAGACACCCAUGUCCGAGCGACUGGACGACACAGAGCCCUACUUCAUCGCCAUCUUCUGCUUCGAGGCGGGCAUCAAGAUCCUGGCGCUGGGCUUCGCCUUCCACAAGGGCUCCUACCUGCGCAACGGCUGGAACGUCAUGGACUUUGUGGUGGUUCUGACCGGUAUCUUGUCCACAGUGGGCUCAGAGUUUGACCUGCGCACCCUCCGAGCCGUCAGAGUGUUGAGACCCCUGAAGCUGGUGUCAGGAAUUCCCAGCCUUCAGGUGGUGCUGAAGUCCAUCAUGAAGGCCAUGAUCCCGCUGCUGCAGAUCGGCCUGCUGCUCUUCUUCGCCAUUCUCAUGUUCGCCAUCAUCGGUCUGGAGUUCUACAUGGGCAAGUUCCACACCACCUGCUUCAGCAACACCACUGGGGAGAUGCAGGACGAGAACCCCUGCGGGAACGAGACGGUGGCGAGGCAGUGCGAGGAGGGCGCCGUGUGCCGGAAGUACUGGAUCGGGCCCAACCACGGCAUCACGCAGUUCGACAACAUCCUGUUCGCCGUGCUCACCGUCUUCCAGUGCAUCACCAUGGAAGGCUGGACCGAGCUGCUCUACUACAGCAACGAUGCCUCAGGGAGCACCUGGAACUGGAUGUACUUCAUCCCCCUCAUCAUCAUCGGGUCCUUCUUCAUGCUGAACUUGGUGCUGGGUGUGCUGUCUGGGGAAUUUGCCAAAGAGAGGGAGCGCGUGGAGAACAGGAGCGAGUUUCUCAAACUGAGACGGCAGCAGCAGAUUGAGCGGGAGCUGAAUGGAUACCUGGAGUGGAUCUGCAAAGCAGAAGAGGUGAUUCUAGCAGAGGACGAGAAUGACACUGGAGAUUUUGAUGGGUCCCGGAGAAGGCCGACGAUGAAGAAGAGCAAGACGGAGCUGCUGAACCCUGAGGAGGGCGAGGACCACCUGGGGGACAUGGGCGUGGGCUCGCCCUUCGCCCGCUCCAGCAUCAAGAGCGGCAAGGAGGGCUCCAGCUUCAGCAAGCGGGAGCGGCGCUUCCGCUUCUUCGUCCGCCACAUCGUCAAGACGCAGGCCUUCUACUGGACCGUGCUCAGCCUGGUGGGCCUCAACACGCUGUGCGUGGCCAUCGUCCACUACAAGCAGCACAAGCUGCUGUCCGACUUCCUCUUCUACGCUGAGUUCAUCUUUCUGGGCCUCUUCAUGUCGGAGAUGUUGAUAAAGAUGUACGGCCUGGGGAGCCAGCCCUACUUUCACUCCUCCUUCAACUGCUUCGACUGCGCCGUCAUUUUGGGCAGCAUAUUCGAGGUGAUCUGGGCCGUGGUGAAGCCGGGAACCUCCUUUGGCAUCAGUGUCUUACGAGCUCUCAGGUUAUUGAGGAUCUUCAAAGUGACCAAGUACUGGUCGUCCCUGCGGAACCUGGUGGUCUCGCUGCUGAGCUCGAUGAAGUCCAUCAUCAGUCUGCUCUUCCUCCUCUUCCUCUUCAUCGUGGUCUUCGCCCUGCUGGGCAUGCAGCUGUUCGGUGGCCAGUUUAACUUCGAAACCGGCACGCCCCCCACCAACUUCGACACCUUUCCUGCAGCAAUAAUGACCGUUUUUCAGAUCCUGACGGGCGAGGACUGGAAUGUGGUGAUGUACGACGGCAUCGCGUCGCAGGGCGGGGUCAAGAAAGGCAUGGUCUUCUCCAUCUUCUUCAUCGUCCUCACCCUCUUCGGGAACUACACCUUGCUCAACGUGUUCCUGGCCAUCGCCGUGGACAACCUGGCUAACGCGCAGGAGCUGACCAAGGACGAGCAAGAGGAGGAGGAGGCCACCACUCAGAAGAUCGCUCUGCAGAAGGCCAAGGAGGUGGCCGAGGUCAGCCCCCUGUCUGCAGCCAACCUCUCCAUCGCAGCAGCGACGGCGAACGCCGAGCGCCUCGACGCUAACGACAGUUUGCCGGACUGUAAGGAGCAGCAGAAGAAUCAGAAGGGGCCCAAGUCGGUGUGGGAGCAGCGCACCAGCGAGAUACGCCGCCAGCACAUGAUGACCAGCAGGGAGGCGCUGUACAACGAGCUCGACGCCGAGGACAACUGGAAGGUCUCGUACCCGAGGCACAUGAAGACGCACCUGGACCGGCCGCUGGUGGUGGACCCGCAGGAGAACCGCAACAACAACACCAACAAGACGCGGCCCAGCGAGGGGCCGGAGCCGGACCAGCGGCUGAGCCAGCAGCGGGCCGAGGAGUUCCUGCGCAAGCAGGCUCGCUACCAGGAGAGGGGUGGGGUCGGGGGCGGCGGCGGGGGGCGGCCCUACGAGAGGGCGGGCUCCGGCGAGGCCCGCAGGGUCCGGAAGGAGCACGAUCUGGGCCACUGCAACCUCAGCCAGCAGUCCCUCACCCGCCUGGACAGCCCCGACGAGCGGCCCGACGAGCGGCCCGCCGACCCCCAGCGCCGGCACCUGCACCGGCCGCCGCCGGGCCGAGCUAUGGACGGGCACGGGGCGUCGCCGCGCCGGGACGGGGGCCGCCCCGAGCACCGGCGCCCCCGACAGCACCGCAGGCCCCCCGACUAUGAGGAGGAGGGAGGAGGAGGAGGAGGAGGAGGGCGGGGCAGCCGACACAGGGGCCCCGGGCCGGAUGGAGGCGGGGACUCUGAUCACAUGGAUGAAACAGACAGGAGGCAGAGACGCAAUCGCCACGGCACCCAGUCCACCAAUGACAACGAAGGAAGGAAGGACAGGGAGCGGGUCCGACAGCACCGGGGCAGGAACAGCGAGGGCCAGGGUAACGGCCCCACCCUCUCCACCACCAGGCCCAUCCAGCAGCUGGUCCCGCGGCAGGACGGCCAGCGCAGCGAGGACAUGGACAACGUGAAGAACAGCAAGCUGGCCACGCGGUCCCCGAGCGGCUCCGACCCCCACCUGCACGGCAACCGCAGCCCCGCCCGGCCCGCCGACGACGACCGCGCCCGCAACGCCCUCAACGCCCUCAACCGCGCCGCCCCCCUGGGCAGAGCGCCGGGGAGGGGCCCCGAGAGCGCCGUCAUCCUCACCAACCCCGUCCCGGCCCCCACCCCCGGCAGGACCGCCGGCACCAGGCCUGAGCACACGGCGGUGGACAUGCCGCCCGUGUACCCGUCCAUCAACGCCAUCCUGCAGGUGAAUAAGAAUGCAAACACAGAGCCUUCGCCUAAGAAGGACGAGGAGAAGAAAGAGGAGGCGGGCGAUGAUGACAACGGCGACGAGGGCGGGACCAAACCCAUGCCCCCCUUCAGCUCCAUGUUCAUCCUGUCCACCACCAACCCGUUUCGGAGGCUGUGCCACUACAUCGUGACGCUGCGCUACUUCGAGAUGUGCAUCCUGCUGGUCAUCGGCAUGAGCAGCAUCGCGCUGGCCGCCGAGGACCCGGUCCAGGCCAACUCCCCCCGCAACAACGUGUUGCGGUACUUUGACUACGUCUUCACCGGAGUGUUCACCUUUGAGAUGCUGAUUAAGAUGGUAGACCUGGGGCUGGUCCUGCACCAGGGGGCCUAUUUUCGGGACCUGUGGAACAUCCUGGACUUUAUAGUGGUUAGUGGUGCCCUGGUGGCCUUCGCCUUCACGGGGAGCAGUAAGGGGAAAGACAUCAGCACCAUCAAGUCCCUGCGAGUUCUGAGGGUGCUGCGUCCACUGAAGACCAUCAAACGACUGCCCAAGCUCAAGGCUGUGUUUGACUGUGUGGUGAACUCUCUGAAGAAUGUUCUGAACAUCCUGAUUGUCUACAUGCUCUUCAUGUUCAUCUUCGCUGUGGUGGCUGUGCAGCUGUUCAAGGGGCGAUUUUUCUACUGCACCGACGAGUCCAAGGAGUUUGAGCAUGACUGCAGAGGCGAGUACCUGGUGUACGAGCGUAAUAACGAGGUGAAGGCGCAGAAGCGGUUGUGGAAGAAAUACGAUUUCCACUACGACAACGUGCUUUGGGCCCUGCUCACCCUCUUCACUGUGUCUACUGGAGAGGGGUGGCCCCAGGUCCUGAAACAUUCAGUGGACGCCACUUAUGAGGAUCAGGGCCCGAGCCCGGGGUACCGGAUGGAGACGUCCAUCUUCUACGUGGUGUAUUUCGUGGUCUUCCCCUUCUUCUUCGUGAACAUCUUCGUGGCUCUCAUCAUCAUCACCUUCCAGGAACAGGGUGACAAGAUGAUGGAGGACUACAGUCUGGAAAAGAACGAGAGAGCCUGUAUUGACUUCGCCAUCAACGCCAAGCCGUUGACGCGUCACAUGCCCAGGAACAGGCUGAGCUUCCAGUACCGCAUGUGGCAGUUUGUGGUCUCGCCGCCGUUCGAGUACACCAUCAUGGCCAUGAUCGCGCUCAACACCAUCGUCCUCAUGAUGAAGUAUGAUGGAGCAGGCGCAGUCUAUGAGAGUGUUCUGAAGAACCUGAACAUUGUAUUCACCUCCCUGUUCUCCAUGGAGUGUGUGUUGAAGAUCAUCGCCUUUGGAGUUCUGAAUUAUUUCAAAGACGCCUGGAACGUUUUUGAUUUUGUCACCGUCCUCGGCAGCAUCACAGACAUUUUAGUGACAGAGCUAUGGGACAACUUCAUCAACCUGAGUUUCCUGCGGCUGUUCCGGGCUGCUCGCCUCAUUAAGCUGCUCAGGCAGGGCGAGACCAUUCGCAUCCUGCUCUGGACCUUCGUCCAGUCCUUCAAGGCGCUGCCGUACGUCUGCCUGCUCAUCGCCAUGCUCUUCUUCAUCUACGCCAUCAUCGGGAUGCAGCUCUUUGGGAACCUCGAUCUUAAUGAUGAAGAGGGUGCCAUUAACCAGCACAACAACUUCAGGACCUUCGUCAUGGCCCUAAUGCUGCUCUUCAGGAGUGCGACAGGAGAGGCGUGGCACGACAUCAUGCUGUCCUGCCUGGGAGGGAGCAAGUGUGACCCUCGCUCCGGGAACAAAGAGGACGAGUGCGGCAGCUCCUUUGCCUACGCCUACUUUGUGUCCUUCAUCUUCCUCUGUUCUUUUCUGAUGCUGAACCUCUUUGUUGCUGUCAUUAUGGACAACUUUGAGUACCUGACACGCGACUCCUCCAUCUUGGGGCCUCACCACCUGGACGAGUAUGUCCGAAUCUGGGCAGAGUAUGACCCAGCAGCGUGCGGCCGCAUUCAUUAUAAGGACAUGUACAGUUUAUUGCGUGUAAUCUCCCCCCCUCUGGGCUUAGGAAAGAAAUGUCCCCAUAGGGUGGCCUGCAAGAGACUAUUGCGGAUGGAUUUGCCCGUUGCCGAUGACAACACAGUUCAUUUCAACUCUACCCUCAUGGCCUUAAUUCGCACUGCGCUGGACAUCAAGAUUGCAAAGGGAGGUGCAGACAAACACCAGAUGGAUGCGGAGUUGCGGAAGGAGAUGAUGGCGAUUUGGCCCCAUCUCUCCCCAAAGACCCUGGACCUGUUGGUCACACCACACAAGUCAGCGACAGACUUGACGGUGGGGAAGAUCUACGCCGCCAUGAUGAUCAUGGAGUAUUACCGGCAGAGCAAAGCCAAAAAGAUGCAGGCUCUCCGGGAGGAGCAGCGCAUGGAGCCCCCUUCCCCGACCCAGGACGGUGGGCAGGGGGUCUGCAGUCUCCCAGAGCCACAGCAGGCACCCGUCAAUGAUGUUCCCCUGGAGGGGGGGAUGACGGGGAGCCAGUCCUGGGUGACCACGCGGGCGCAGGAGAUGUUCCAGAAGACGGGGAACUGGAGUCCGGACAGACCGCCCCCGGACGAUCUGCACGACAACCGCCACAACCCGCAGACGGUAGAGAUGAGAAAGAUGGGGAGGGACGGUCGGUCGGACAGUGGGCUCUGUCUCCCCAUGGAAGCGCAUGGGAGGGCCGUUUCCAUGCCCGGCCUGUCAGCCGACAACCAAACCAUCGCGGACAGCAGCCCCCUGCGGCGGUCGUCCUCGUCGCUGGUGCACGGGCGCUCGGGGACGGGCGUGCGGCUGGACGACUACUCCCUGGAGCGGGUGAUCCCGGACGAGGGCCAGCGGCACGGGCAGAGGCGCCGCGAGCGCAGCCACCGCACCUCCCAGCGCUCGCUCAGCCGCUACACCGACGCCGACACAGGUCAGGAUAUCAGAGAGAGAGUGUGUGUGUGUGUGUGUGUGUGUGUGUGUGUGUGUGUGUGUGUGUGUGAGCGCAGCCACCGCACCUCCCAGCGCUCGCUCAGCCGCUACACCGACGCCGACACAGGUCAGGAUAUCAGAGAGAGUGUGUGUGUGUGUGUGUGUGUGUGCGUGUGUGUGCACAGCCACCGCACCUCCCAACGCUCGCUCAGCCGCUACACCGACGCCGACACAGGUCAGGAUAUCAGAGAGAGUGUGUGUGUGUGUGUGUGUGUGUGCGUGUGUGUGAGCGCAGCCACCGCACCUCCCAGCGCUCGCUCAGCCGCUACACCGACGCCGACACAGGGCUCGGCACAGACCUCAGCACCACCACGCAGUCAGGUGACCUGCCGCCCAGGGACAAGGACCGCGACCGUGAGCGCGGGCGUGCCAAGGACCGGAGACACCACCACCACCACCACCACCACCACGGCUCCGCAGACAAGGACCGCUACGCGCCCGACCGCGGCGAGUAUGGUCACCGGCCCCACGACCGCGACCGCCACUGGUCCCGCUCGCCCAGCGAGGGCCGAGAGUGCAGGACGCACAGACAGUAGUUCAGUGAGCGGGAGCCCCGUCCCCUCGACCUCCGGCACCAGCACCCCCCGCCGGGGCCGCCGGCAGCUGCCCCAGACCCCCGCCACGCCCCGGCCGCACGUCGCCUACUCCCCCGCCUUGCGCAAGGCCGCCAACGCCCCGCACGGCCAGUGCAGGCUGGCCUCCCCCACCCCCCGCCACUGCUCGCCCCCGGGCCACGAUGCCCACCACCACCACCACCACCACCAUCACCACCACCCGCCGUCCCACCACGGCUCCCCCCGCGGCUCGCCCCGCUCCGCCCGCCACGCCCGCUGGGUGCCCGCCCCCCCCCACGACGGCCCGGAGGGAGACGGCUGCCUCUACGACCAGGACUACAACUACGACCGCCACGAGCCGCCCGCCUACGACCAGAGCCUCCACCAGGGCAACCCCCACCCGCACCCGCACCCCAACCCCAACCCCAACCCCAACCCCGGCCCCCGCUCGCCCAGGACUGCCCGCCACGCCACGCCUCCCCACUGCCAGCCGCCGCCGCCGCGCCGCCUGCCCAAUGGCUACCGCUCAUCCUCGCCCUCCCCACACCGGCAGGGCCCCCCCCACCCAGCUCACAGGCCCCCGCACCCGAGGGGCCCCCGAAAGGGGCUGCACGAACCCUACAGCGAGACCGACGAGGACGACUGGUGCUAGCCGGGAGGGAAGGGGGGGGGGUGGGGGCGCAGUACCGUCCUGUUCUUUCUACAGGAAGUGACACGGCGAGGAGGGCGGGGAAAGGACUGUGGGAGAGAGCGCGUUUUUGGCCCUGCCGGAGAGAGACAUGAGGACACGCACCGUUCGCCCCACCCCCCCCCGCUCCACCCCUCCUGUUUCUGCUCUCUGCUGGGGAGGGGGGAGAGGACUGGACAAUGACGGAGAGGGGGUGCCGGGGGGCGACGCCAGGCGAAAGGGGCGUGUGGAUACGGGGACAGUGCCGCGUCCCACACGCUAGAGGCGAUUUCACAUGAGAGUGCCGAAGGAGAACGCCUUUCAAUAAGACAGAAAUCACUGGAUGUAUAUUUUAAUACACGAGGGGCAAAAGAAAUAUUUUGCUAUGAUCAAUAAAAAUAUAUAUAUAUAUAUUUACAGACCAAGUUAAUUCAUCAAAAUUAACUAGAGCUAAGUGAAAGAAGCCAAAGCUAUGAGAUCAUUACGGGUACAUAUUUUGUACUGUAGCGCCAUGUCAAAUUAUUUAUUCUUUUAAAAAAUACAGCUAACCACUAAAGACCCAGCUGUAGCUGAUGCUUCAUGGCCCAUAAUGCUUCUAUAAUCUCAGAUUCCAUUCCUGCCAGUGGCUUUCUUUUUUCAGGAAAAAUAUGCAGCACCCUUGUUUAAAAUGUAUCACGGACCUAUUUAAGUUUAUCCUGCCAUGAUGGGGUCCAGCUGGUCUUAUCGAUUCAGCUGUGCCCCCACCGGCUGUGGUGAAAGUGAUUUCCUGUCUCCGGCCAAUCGCAGGGCUCCUGGUCGGCGAUCCUCUCAUGUGAUCUCGCUUCUGGACGAAUCGGUACGCGGCGUUCUGCGCUUGCCAGAAGGUUUUGCGCUCGGCCCGCCCAGUAUGCAAAAUGGCCGACAAACCGAUGGGAGUGCCACCAUACCCCGCUUCGCCCGCGGAAACAAAGGGAAAAGAACAAAACAAACAAACAAAAAAUAAAAAAUAGAGAGUGCCACCAGACCCUUCCGUCGCACCACGCCGCGCCCUGCCUUCAGAAACGACCCGGCGGCGAAAAAGAAAACAAAGCGGUCAAGAAAAAAUAAAAAAAUAAAUAAAUGAAGGAAUGAGUGAAUAAAUAAAUGAAUAAAAAGGGGGUGGAGGGGCAGGAGGAGAGUGGGCGCUCUGCUUUUCAGGGCAGGCCAGAGGAGCUGGGUCCGCCGCGGAGACCUUACCCUGCUGCUGGGUACUAAUAGAUGAGUUUUAUCAUCUGUGUUUACCGUCCAUUACGCUGAACGUUGACACUGACCUCACCGCCUGUGUUUGCGUGCGUGCGUGCGUGCGUGUGUGUGGGGGGGGGGAGGGGGGUGUUUGGCCAAGGCGACGGGGAGAAAGGCCUUUGAACUCGUGGAUGUGGUAAAGGGGUGGCCUGCCUGUCCCACUCCACCAAUCAAACCCCCCCCACCACCACCACCAUCUCAAACCACGGCUCCCACACAGCCAGCCCGGCCCUGGAAGGAAGAAAUGGGAAGGGAGGGGAGGUGGUGUUUGCGAAACAACAGACAGAUUCUUCAGAAUAUCUUCUUCUUCUUCUUCUUCUUCUUCUGCUCCUUCUUCCUGGUCUCCUUCCUCCUCUUCCUGAACAUUGGAGCUUAACGAUUCUGUUGCACCCGCUCUGCUUUGUUUGAACUCUUUGGGUAAAAUCUGAUGGAAUCCUGCAUGAUUAAUACUAAACUAACAGAGAGAAGCUUUACCGUCUGGGGUGGGAGGGAUUGGGUGGG